AUGAGCAUCUCCCAGCGCCACGCGCUCUGCAGGGGCCCGCAGGCCUCGCGGCCCCAGCCCAGCACGCGCUGCUGCGUGGUGUCGCUCCGGCGCGCGGGCCAACCUCUGCGCGCGGCGUCCGACGACUUGCAGGGGCUGCCCGGCCCCGACCAUGAGGCGGCUGAGCGCACGCGCCAGGCCGGCCUAGAGGCUGCGGCCCCAGGCCCCGCCGUCAAAUCCAUUGACGACGGCAUCACUUUGCGCGUGGCUGGGCCCGUGCGGGAGCUGGCAGGCGCAGUGGACCGGGUGGAGAAGGCGGUUGACCGGCUGGAGAAAACUAUGGACCACAAGCUGGACCCGCUGGACAACAAGCUGGACCAGCUGGCGAACAAGCUGGACCGGCUGGGCAACAAGCUGGACCAGCUGGGCAACAAGCUGGACCGGCUGGGCGAAAACCUGACGUCGCUCAAGUCGGCGGGCGCGGUGGCGGUGGCGGCGCUGCUGGUGGUGCUGGUGGGCAUCUCAUCGCCGGAUGUGUGGCGGGAGGGGCUGUACGGCCAGCUGCUCAUGCAGGUCCUGCCGGGCGCCAAGUAG